CUCGUCUCAGAACGAAACGGGACCCGCAUCUCAAUACCACAUCUCUGAUAUACCAGACUCUCCCUCCCUUAAAACUGUUUGUUCUACAUUCCGUUUCCGUCAUCCUACUUUGUUGUUUAUCAAGUACGACCAUCAUCAAAAUGUUGUCACGACGCCUCGCACGUGCCGCCGCCAAGGCGACCACAGCUGCUCCGAGCUCCAGCGCGGUGAGGCUGUUUGGCACCACCCAGGCAGCGUCCUCGAAACGUACUCCCGCCCUUGGCGACAUCCACCCCGAGAACCACGAGUCCUUCAACGCAAAGCAGAAGACAUUCAGGGAGCAGUUGGUGGCAGCUCAACAGGAGCGGGAAGCCAAACGGGCCAAGGAGUUCGCCGAGAAAGAUGGAACACGUAAGGAGGGUCCUCUGGCGAAGCUCAUCUACGGUACCAAGGAGGGUCGAGAGCACGAGGCGCAGCUCGAGGCGUCCUUCUCGCAGGUCCUCGCCCGGGGGAAAUACGUCCACAGCAUCGUGUUCCACCAGGUCAAGCCAGACAAAGUGGACGAGUACGUCGACCUCGUGGGCAACUGGUACCCUCGCAUGGCUUCUCUGCCGGAGAACAAGGUCCAUCUGGUCGGAAGCUGGCGGACAGAGGUCGGGGAUUGUGAUACCUUUGUUCAUAUAUGGGAGUAUCAGCGCUAUACCGGCUACCAUGGCUCUCUCAACGCCAUCUCCCACCACCCCGAGUUCCCCGAAUUCGACCGCAAGCUCAAGAAGCUGAUCGAGGGCAAGAAGACCUCACUGAUGCAGGAGUUUAGCUUCUGGCCCACCACCUCUCCCCGACAGCUGGGCGGCGUCUUCGAGCUGCGAUCCUACACGCUUCACCCCGGCAACCUCCUCGAGUGGGAGACACACUGGCGUAGGGGCCUGCAGGCCCGCCGAGAGGUGAUGGAGGGCGUUGGCGCCUGGUUCGUGCAAAUUGGAGACCUGAAUACGGUGCACCACCUGUGGCAGUUCGCCAACCUGGAGGAGAGGAAGAUCCGCCGCGAGGACUGCUGGCGCAUACCGGGUUGGGCGGAGACGGUGCACAAGACGGUGCCGCUGAUCCAGACCAUGCACUCGAGGAUCUUGAUACCCAUGCCUUGGUCACCUGUGGCAUAGUCGGGAAGUGUGAUACAGAGAUUCGAGCUCGUCGUCUACCUGGAAGCUUCUCUGGCAUUUGCGAAGGUGCUUCGGAGGCCCCCAUUCAUAACGCCUGUAUGCAUUACUCUUGUUUGCUUUUGAGAAACGGCGCCGGGAAAAGGGAAUUGGGAUCAGACUUGACAGUCUUCUAUAAGAGAAUUGUUCAUAGCCAUCAUCACUGG